GGUUCGUUUCCCGCCAUUUUUGGCGUGAGGCGGCGCGCGCCGCCCGCGACCAUGCUCGCGCUCUACGCCGCGUACAUCAUGGCGGCGCUUUAUGCCCUCCUCAGGUACGUCAUUGGCGUGGUGAUGGCGGAGGCCGAGCCGUCGCAAGGCGGACCGCCGGUCGCCCCCGCUGGAACCACCAACUGCGACUGCGAGGACCCUUCGCAACCGCAACAAAGCGACGGCGACACCCAGCACUCGCUCUUCACCAUCGGCGGCCCCGGCGAGGGCUCGGACGAUGAUGAGGCAUCCAGUUCCGACUUCCAAGCCCUGCCAGACGAGACUGAUGGCAUGCUCACCCCCACCUCCUCGGGCUCCGGUUCGGACUCUGUUCCUGACUUGGGCUGCGCGCUCUCCCACUCAGUCAUCCCCCUGGAAAUCAGCAGACCCAGCAUGUCCGGCCUGCACCUGGUGAAGCAGGGCCGUGAGAGGAAAAAGCUGGACCUGCACCGCGAUUUUACCGUGGCCUCCCCUGCCGAGUUUGUCACGCGCUUCGGAGGAAAUCGAGUCAUCGAGAAGGUGCUGAUCGCAAACAAUGGCAUUGCAGCGGUCAAAUGCAUGCGGUCCAUCCGACGCUGGGCAUACGAGAUGUUUCGUAAUGAACGGGCCAUCCGCUUUGUCGUCAUGGUGACACCGGAGGACCUUAAAGCCAAUGCAGAGUACAUCAAGAUGGCAGACCACUACGUUCCAGUUCCGGGCGGCGCCAACAACAAUAACUACGCCAACGUGGAGCUCAUCCUGGACAUCGCUCGCCGCAUCCCCGUGCAGGCGGUGUGGGCGGGCUGGGGUCAUGCCUCGGAAAACCCGAAACUUCCGGAGCUGCUGCACAAGAACGACAUCGCUUUCAUGGGCCCUCCGAGUCAGGCCAUGUGGUCACUUGGGGACAAGAUCGCAUCGUCUAUCGUGGCGCAGACGGCCAACAUCCCCACGCUGCCAUGGAGUGGCUUCGGGCUUGUCGUUGAGUGGAACGAAGCAGACAGGAAAGGCAAGGUCAUCAACGUUCCACCCGAAAUCUACGAGCGCGGCUGCGUCAACGAUGCAGAGGAGGGACUCAAGGCGGCACAAACGAUCGGUUUCCCCGUGAUGAUCAAGGCUUCUGAAGGAGGCGGAGGAAAGGGCAUCAGGAAAUCGACCAAUGCGGAAGAGUUUGCGAACCUUUUCAGACAAGUGCAGGCGGAGGUGCCGGGCUCCCCCGUGUUUGUGAUGAAGCUGGCAAACCACGCACGUCAUCUCGAGGUGCAGAUCCUGGCGGACGCCUACGGUAAUGCCAUUUCGCUCUUCGGCCGCGACUGCUCCAUCCAGCGGCGCCACCAGAAGAUCAUCGAGGAGGCGCCCGCCACCGUCGCCCAUGCCCACGUCUUCCAGCAGAUGGAGCAGUGCGCGGUGCGGCUGGCUAAGAUGGUGGGCUACGUGAGCGCCGGCACGGUGGAGUACCUCUACAGCCAGGACGGCAGCUUCCACUUCCUGGAGCUCAACCCUCGCCUCCAGGUGGAACACCCGUGUACUGAGAUGGUAGCCGACGUCAACCUGCCGGCCGCUCAACUGCAGAUAUCGAUGGGCAUCCCGCUCUACAGGAUCAAGGACAUCCGCAUACUGUACGGGGAGCCUCCCUGGGGAGACGCCCCCAUUGAUUUUGAGAUCCCUCCCCGCACGCCGAGUCCUCGAGGACACGUGAUUGCAGCGCGCAUCACCAGCGAGAAUCCUGAUGAGGGAUUCAAGCCGAGCGCGGGCACGGUGCAGGAACUCAAUUUCCGCAGCAACAAGAACGUGUGGGGCUACUUCAGCGUGGCGGCAGCAGGCGGCCUGCACGAGUUCGCCGACUCGCAAUUCGGCCACUGUUUCUCCUGGGGAGAGAACCGGGAGGAGGCCAUAUCGAACAUGGUGGUGGCGCUGAAAGAGCUGUCCAUCCGCGGAGAUUUCCGCACCACAGUGGAGUACCUCAUCAAGUUGUUAGAGACGGAGAGCUUCCACGAGAACACCAUUGACACCGGCUGGCUCGACCGUCUCAUCUCUGAGAAAGUGCAGGCAGAAAGACCGAACACGACGCUGGGGAUCGUGUCGGGUGCUCUGCAUGUGGCCGACGGCUCCUUCCGGAGCAGCAUGUCCAAUUUCCUGCACUCGCUGGAGAGGGGCCAGGUUCUGCCGGCACACACCCUCACCAAUUCCGUCAAUGUGGAGCUCAUCUAUGAAGGAAUGAAGUACACCCUGAAGGUGACGCGACAGUCUCCGUCGACGUACGUGGUGACAAUGAACAAUUCGCACAUGGAGGUGGACGUGCAUCGCAUGAGUGACGGAGGCCUCCUGCUCUCCUACGAUGGCAGCAGCCACACAACAUACAUGAAGGAGGAGGUUGACCGGUACCGGCUAACGAUCGGCAACAAGACCUGCGUGUUUGAGAAGGAGAAUGAUCCGUCGAUCCUGCGGGCGCCAUCGGCUGGCAAGCUCAUCCAGUACAUGGUGGAGGAUGGUGGACAUGUGUUCGUGGGUCAGUGCUAUGCUGAGAUUGAGGUAAUGAAGAUGGUGAUGAGUAUGGUGGUGAACGAGUCUGGCUGUGUGCACUACGUCAAGCGUCCCGGCGCUGUGCUCGAGCCUGGCUGUGUGGUGGCGAAGCUGCAGUUGGACGACCCAACGCGAGUCAAGCAGGCGGAGUUAUACACGGACGUACUGCCCCCGCAACUCAUGCCACUGUUGCACGGCGAGAAGCUGCACCAGGUGUUUCACCUGGUGCUGGACACUCUCUACCACGUUAUGAAUGGAUACUGCCUCCCCGAGCCCUUCUUUAGCACCAAGAUGAAAGGCUGGGUGGAGCAGCUGAUGAAGACUCUGCGGGACCCGUCGCUACCGCUGCUGGAGCUGCAGGACCUGAUGACGAGCGUGUCGGGGCGCGUGCCGCCCUCCGUGGAGAAGGCCAUCCGCAAGGAGAUGGCGCAGUAUGCCAGCAAUAUCACAUCAGUGCUCUGCCAAUUCCCCAGCCAGCAGAUCGCCAAUAUCCUUGACAGCCACGCAGCAACAUUGCAGCGGAAAUCUGAGCGAGAGGUCUUCUUCAUGAACACGCAGACCAUCGUUCAGCUUGUGCAGAGAUAUCGCAGUGGUAUCCGGGGACACAUGAAGUCCGUGGUGCUGGAUCUGCUCCGCCAGUACCUCCGUGUUGAGACGCAGUUUCAAAAUGGGCACUACGACAAGUGCGUGAUCGCUCUGCGAGAGAACCACAAGGGCGAUAUGACCACGGUCGUCCACUACAUCUUCUCGCAUGCCCACGUUGCCAAGAAGAACGCUCUCGUCAUCAUGCUCAUCGACCAGCUGUUCGGGCGUGACCCCACCCUGACGGAGGAGCUCGCAGCUAUCUUAAGCGAGCUCACUCAGCUCAGCAAGACCACGAACUCCAAGGUUUCCCUGCGUGCCCGUCAGGUGCUCAUUGCUUCCAACCUGCCCUCGUACGAGCUUCGGCACAAUCAGGUGGAGUCAAUCUUCCUCUCUGCCAUCGACAUGUACGGGCAUCAGUUCUGUCCUGAGAACCUGCAGAAACUCAUCAUUUCGGAGACAUCGAUCUUUGAUGUGCUUCCCAACUUCUUCUACCACAGCAACCAGAUCGUGAGGAUGGCUGCGUUAGAGGUGUACGUGCGCAGAGCGUACAUUGCGUACGAGCUUAACAGCCUGCAGCACCAGCAGUUCAUUGACGGCACCUGCAUCGUCGAGUUCCAGUUCAUGCUACCGUCCUCCCAUCCCAACAGGGGCAGCAUACCCACACUGAACAGGAUGUCAUUCCCAUCGAACCUGCAUCACGCAGGGCUGACGCGCGCCGUGAGCGUCACCGAGGUGCUGCUUGACAACACCUUCACGCCGCCGUGCCAGCGCAUGGGCGCCAUGGUGGCCUUCCACUCCUUCGAGGACUUCGUCAGGGACUUUGAGGAGGUGAUGAAGCAUUUCUCGGAUUCCCCUCCGGACAGCCCCAUCUUCCUGGAGCCCGGGCGCUCCACCCUGUACGCAGAGGAGGACAGCAAGAGUGUGCGGCAGGACCCGAUCCACAUCCUGAACGUGGCCAUCAAGAUAGACAGCGAUACGGAGGAUGAUGAGCUGGUGACCGUCCUGCGUGACUUCACACAGUCCAAGAAACGGAUACUGAUAGACCGUGGGAUUAGACGUCUGACAUUCUUGGUGGCGCAAAAGGACUUUAGGAAGCAUUACGACUAUGAGGUGGAUCAGAGAUUCCAUAGAGAGUUCCCCAAGUUCUUCACGUUUCGUGCUCGUGACAAGUUCGAGGAGGACCGCAUUUACCGCCACCUGGAGCCGGCGCUCGCCUUCCAGCUGGAGCUAAACCGCAUGCGCAACUUCGAGCUGCACGCUCUGCCCUGCGCCAACCAUAAGAUGCACCUGUACCUGGGCACGGCGCGCGUAGAGCAGGGCAUCGAGGUCACCGAUUACCGCUUCUUCGUGCGCGCCAUCAUCCGCCACUCUGACCUCGUCACCAAGGAAGCGUCGUUCGAGUACCUGCAGAACGAGGGCGAGCGCCUGCUGCUAGAGGCCAUGGACGAACUGGAGGUGGCCUUCAACAACACGGCCGCGCGCACUGACUGCAACCACAUCUUUCUCAACUUUGUGCCCACCGUCAUCAUGGACCCUUCCAAGAUCGAAGAGUCUGUGCGCAGCAUGGUGAUGCGCUACGGAAGCCGGCUGUGGAAGCUGCGUGUGCUACAGGCCGAGUUGAAGAUCAACAUCCGCCUCACGCCCACAGGCAAAGCCAUCCCCAUCCGCCUCUUCCUCACCAACGAAUCCGGCUACUAUCUUGACAUCAGCCUCUACAAGGAGGUCACUGACCUCCGCACCAGCCAGAUCAUGUUCCAGGCAUACGGUGACAAACCGGGCCCUCUGCAUGGCAUGCUCAUCAACACGCCGUACGUCACCAAGGACCUCCUGCAGUCCAAGCGCUUCCAGGCUCAAAGUUUGGGAACCACUUAUGUCUACGACUACCCUGAGAUGAUCCGACAGGCACUGCUCAAGCUGUGGGACGCGUAUGGUAACGGGCUGGCGCACAAGGACGUGCUGACAUACACGGAGCUGGUGCUGGACUCGCAGGAUCAGCUCGUGGAGAUGAACCGGCUGCCCGGGGGCAAUGAGAUCGGCAUGGUGGCAUGGAAGAUGUGGCUGAGGACUCCGGAGUACCCGCAGGGUCGGACUGUGGUGGUCAUUGCCAAUGACCUUACGCAUCGCAUUGGCUCAUUCGGGCCACAGGAGGACCUGCUGUUCCAGCAGGCAUCGCAGCUGGCGCGCACGGAUGGUGUGCCACGCAUCUACAUCGCCGCCAACAGCGGUGCGCGCCUCGGCCUGGCCGAAGAGAUUCGGCACAUGUUCCACAUCGCCUGGGUCGACCCCAGUGACCCCUACAAGAGUUUCAAGUACCUGUACCUGACCCCUCAAGACUAUAAGAAGGUCAGCGCUCUCAACUCCGUUCACUGCGAGCACAUCGAGGAUGAGGGGGAGUCCAGGUACAAAAUCACUGACAUCAUCGGCAAGGAGGAGGGCCUGGGUGUAGAGAGCCUGCGCGGGUCUGGAAUGAUCGCCGGGGAGAGUUCCCAGGCCUACGAAGAGAUCAUCACUAUCAGCUUGGUGUCUUGUCGCGCCAUUGGCAUUGGGGCCUACCUGGUGAGGCUGGGUCAGAGGGUCAUCCAAGUGGAUAACUCUCACAUCAUCCUCACGGGGGCAGCCGCCCUCAACAAGGUUCUGGGCCGUGAGGUGUAUACCUCCAACAACCAGCUCGGCGGCAUCCAGAUCAUGUACAACAAUGGCGUGUCGCACACCACGGCAGAGGAUGACUUUCAGGGAGUCUACACCAUCCUGCAGUGGCUCUCCUAUAUGCCCAAAGACUCCCGCAGCCCCGUACCCAUCCUGCACUCCAAGGACCCCAUCGACCGAGAGGUGGAUUUCAUGCCAACAAAGGCCCCCUACGAUCCCCGAUGGAUGCUGGCCGGCCGCCCGCAUCCCACAAACAAGGAAACGUGGCAAAGUGGCUUCUUCGACCACGGCUCCUUCAUGGAGAUCAUGCGACCCUGGGCACAGACGGUCGUCGUGGGACGAGCCAAGCUUGGAGGAAUCCCGGUGGGGGUCGUCGCCGUGGAAACGAGAACAGUGGAGCUGGCGAUUCCGGCUGACCCCGCCAACCUCGACUCGGAGGCCAAGAUCAUCCAGCAGGCGGGCCAAGUAUGGUUCCCGGACUCGGCGUACAAGACAUCACAGGCCAUCAAGGAUUUCAGCCGGGAGCACCUCCCACUCAUGGUGUUUGCCAACUGGAGAGGCUUCUCAGGCGGAAUGAAAGACAUGUACGACCAGAUCGUGAAGUUCGGCGCGUACAUCGUGGAUGGGCUGCGCGAGUACAAGCAGCCUGUGUUCGUGUACAUCCCCCCGCAUGGAGAGCUCCGGGGCGGCUCUUGGGUCGUCAUUGACCCCACCAUCAACCCACGCCACAUGGAGAUGUACGCCGACCGCGAGAGCCGGGGUGGAGUUUUGGAGGCUGAGGGUACUGUGGAGAUUAAGUUCCGCAAGAAGGACCUGGUGAAGACCAUGCGCCGGGUGGACACGACCUACUCGUGUCUCGUUGAGCGGCUGGGGACUCCUGAGCUGAGCGCCACGGAGAAGAAGGAGCUGGAGGGGAAGCUGAAGGAGCGCGAGGAGUUCCUGUUGCCCAUCUACCACCAGGUGGCCGUCAAGUUUGCCGACCUGCACGACACGCCGGGACGCAUGCACGAGAAGGGAGCCAUCACGGACGUACUGGAAUGGAAGACGUCACGCACAUUCUUCUACUGGCGCCUGCGUCGGCUGCUGCUGGAGAAUCAGGCGAGGAAGCGGAUCCUGCAGGCGAACCCCGAGCUCAGCGAGGGCCGCGUCGAGUCCAUGCUGCGCCGCUGGUUCGUGGAAGCCGAGGGAACCGUCAAGGCCUACCUGUGGGACAACAACCAGGCGGUGGUGGAGUGGUUGGAGCGGCAGCUGGCGAAGGAGGAGGAGGGCACGCGCUCAGUCAUCGAGGAGAACAUCAAGUACAUCCAACGCGACUACGUGUUGCAGCAGAUACGCAGCCUGGUGCAGGCUAACCCAGAGGUGGCCAUGGACUCAAUUGUGCACAUGACGCAGCACAUCGGAGCGACGCAGAGAACGGAGAUCGCACACAUUCUCGCCACCAUGGAGUCGCCCCCCUCUACCUGACCCCGCCGUGCCCCCCCACACAACAGCCCCAGCUGAAUCCCCAAUGCCAACACAAACACCGAGGCCGACCUCCAACCGGUGCAACCAGAAGCACGGGACUCGGGGAACUUUGAAGCUUGCCCGAUCGCGCAACCGUUGCCCCGCCUUGCACGCCCUCUUCCCUCUCCAUCUCCCUAGGUCCUCAUCAACCCUGCCGACUGCCUUCUCAACGUCCAUCCCGCUCGCCUUGGAACCACCACUUUCCUUUGAGAUGUAACUACCGUACACCCCCCCCCACCACCACCACCCUGACUGAGAAUCUUCCCGGCGACAUCUUUUCUUAUUACAAACACUCGCCCGUAGCGCACCAGUGCUGUCUGUAUCCUGCCAACCGAAAUGCAUUCUCUCCAUUCUAUCGUCCAGCCACAUCCACCCACCUGCUACCACCCCCUGUCAAUCACCCCAUCCCCUUUCCCACGUGAGGACAUCAAAACCAAGAACCUGGAUUUUCAGGAGAUUUGUCUUGUCGAUUAUGACCAGUGCUGGCGGGGAAUUAUUUAAAGAUUUUAACCGUGACCGUCUCUUCCCUUUGAUGUGGAAGGUUUCUAUUUUUGAGCCGCUGAUAUUAUUUUAUUUUCUCUGAAUUGUAUUGUUCUCUUGCAUACGCCAGCGCCCAGCCUACCUCUCCAAAAACAAGCACCUGAAAUUAAUUCGCCAGAGCUUAAAUUACUAUAUAUAACAUUACAUUUGCUAUGUUGCAAAAAAAAACAAUCACAGUGUUUUCAUUCCGUAUGUGAGAGCAGUGUUGCUGCUGUACAGGGAACAAAAACACAAAAAAGACGGCAGAGUCCUCAGAAUCCAGGCUUAAGGUUUUUUUUUUAUCCACCCCCCCCCCCCCCCCGACUUGUGUCUGCUGUUUGCACACAGCAGAGCUCAAAUCUCAUCCAUUCCGUGUGGUCGCACAAUGGCUUUCUUUACAUGGGACAAAUCAAAUACUUUCUCCCCCCCCUCCCACUGUUUGUUGUGGGAAAACACACGUGGGGUGAAUUUGGUAUCGGCUCUGGCAAUUAAGUGGAUCGGUAAAUGUCAUGAUUUGUUUUUUUGCGCAAAGCAACGUGAAGCUGUUGGGAAGCGUUUUAUUUUAUUUUUGUUCCCGUGUAAACAUAGCCACGCAAAAAAAAACUACGUGCAACAAUCUACUUAAUGAAUGGACUGAUAAAAAAAAACCUAGCACACGAUCUGUGGCGACGUCUCUUUUUAUAAGGUUUUUGUAAACAUCUGCUCUAGCGUGUAACGAUGCAUAGAUUCAUCGAUUAAUGUUGAUUCUUACGCUUGUGUUGCAUCAUCAAUUAGCGUUAAAUGAAUCGAUGGUUGUCGAUUUCCGUACUCACAAGUGUUUGGGUUCUUGUGAGACCCGUGCAGCCUCCAGCAUCUGGCACGUUCGCCCGCAACGUUGAUUCUUACAGUAAAUCUUGAUUGCGACAUUUCAUCGAAUUACCCUGGUGAUGUACGUACGUAUGUUGAACUUAUUUCGCACCAUGCCUAGCCAACCCUGUUAUUCGGAGGUGCGAUAAAAGGACAACAAACUAAAUACAAAAAGGAGUUCUAAAAAAUGAUGCCGGCUGUGGUGGUUGUGGGUCAGCUGGGUGAAUCGUUACACUCCUUAUCUACCCGUUUGAGCUUAAACCGCGUCGUGGCGUUUCGACGUGGAGUGGUAAUCGUCGCCCCGUUCUCAACAACCCACCCCUGGCAUGACACGGGGUCUGGGCACACAUCAUCGGUGCUUGAGCUGCUGAAACGCCGGAGCCAGAUGUCUCGGCCGAUUUAUCGCCUUCGCCCACACAAAGCAGUGGUAGACAAAUCAGUGUUGGCGGGGGGAAGCGUCGUGAUAUUUUUUCGUUUGACAAAGUUUAAACGCGAAUUCUGUAAGCGCACAAGUGAAUGGUUACUACUCACGAGUUUUUACUUUCUUCGAUGAUCCUUGACCGUGAAGAAAUAAUUCACGCGGAGUUUUGAGUGAUCGCACGGCUCAUUGUUAAUUUGGACAUUGGUGCUUCUGCCAUCAUUUGAGACUUGUCGGAUUACCUGAAUCGUGGUUUCAAAAUUUUCCAUCGAAAUGAAGAAUAAAAAAGCAAGCAUAACAAGCGUAAAGUAAAAUAUGAAGCAUUCUUAACAAACACCAAAGACCAUGAACUGGGCAGCAAAAUAAAAACCUAACAAGGUACAACCUAAUACUGUGCUCUGAACACCACUUGCAGUAACCAACAUUCCUGGUCUGGGCAGGCAGCCGAGUGCUUGUUUUAUCUUCCUUGUGUUCAAUACUGUCUUGCGUCCUUGGGCUGCCUUGUGUUAAAGACUGUCUUGUAUUCAAGACUGUUUUACAUUCAGAGUAGGCUUACUUUAAAGGCUGUCUUGUGUUCAAAGGACGGUCUUAGAUUCAAAGUAGUCUUGGAUUGAGGGCUGCCUUGUGUUCAGGUUUCUCAUCUUCAGGGCCUCUCGCGUUCGAUGCUAGCGCAGCUAACGUUCUCCGCUAGUUGGUGAGCUAUCUAGCAAGCGUGUGCCCUCGGCGCUGCCUCCUUUCUCUCGGUGGGCCGCUUGGUUGAUCCGGCUUGGCCACGGCGUUUCCAUUUGGCAUCGAGUCCGAAUGCCCCCGCACUAAGCGUGCCACGAUGCCAGCCUCGCCUCGCCUCGCCUCGGCUCGGCUCCGCCCUCGGAUCUCGAGGCUGGAGUGUGGUAUGGUGCGGGGGCUUGAUGAUUUUCUUCAGAAUAUGAUUCGCUAAAACAGCGUUGAUUCUGCGUGUGAUCGUUAAAUUUGCUGGUGGGGUCGAUCCGGCUUGAAGCGCUCAUCCGGCUUGCAGCGUUGAUUCAGCUUGAAGCGUCAAUCAAAUUUGGAGCGCUAAUCCGGCUUGAAGCGUUGAUUCGACUUGAAGCAUUAAUCCAAUUUUGAGCGCUAAUCUGGCUUGAAGCGUUGAUUCGACUUGAAGCAUUAAUCAAAUUUGGAGCGCUAAUCCGGCUUGAAGCGUUGAUUCGACUUGAAGCAUUAAUCCAAUUUUGAGCGCUAAUCUGGCUUGAAGCGUUGAUUCCGUUUGGAACGUUGAUCCGGCUUGAAGCGUUGAUUCGGUUCGAAGCGUUAAUCCGGCUCAUAACAUCGAUCCAGCUUGUAUCGCGGUGCCUCUGCCGUGUUUAUUUUUGCGGGGGGGGGGGGGUUCUGGGGGAGAGCGGGUCGUGUGGCAGUCUCAGUCUUUCGAUGCCGUGCUCCCAAUCCCUGUGACCCAGGUUCAACUUCAAUCUGGUUUACCAAAACCCGCCGAGCGUCUACGCACAUAGGUCUGCUCGGCCUGGAAUGAGAACCUGGUGAGGGCCUCCCUCCACACACCCCCCCCCACCCCAUAGGUCAAUAUAUCAACUGGGUUCUAUCGCAGGAGCUGUGAAUGCUGCCGAGGAAAGGAGAGAUGACGGCUCUGGUGGUGCUGGUCACGUGCCCCUCUCCAACAUUAGACACGUCCCCCCCACCCUCCCCCCCCUCCCCCGCUAUCAGUAAAUGUGCAUUGAUUUGAGUUCAUUCGUACGCAGACAACAUGUGCGUCAAACCAUGCGCGUUGAGAAUCGGUUGAUGGUUGAUUUGUGCAGAUGUAAUGCAAAUAUUUCCAACAGUCUUGACGGACGAACGAGAUGAGACAAACGAGACGGACAGCAAAUGAGACGGGACAAUUGCGUUGAUACAGACUGGACGAGAUGGUACAAACAAGACGGAAAAUUUGGACGGUAUAAAUCAGACAAUACAAACAAGACAACAAUAACAAAAAAAUCGACCCCUGCUUUAAAUCAAGACACUUUUAUAGAAGUAAUGGGUGCGUGGAGAGUGAAUUGUUAGAUGCCUAAACUUUCAAUGUCUGCCCUCAUGGUGCUUAUGACCACCGUUAUCAGGGUACUUUGUCAACGUUGUCAACUACAAACGACGACAAAAAAAACAUUGCGAAAGUGUCAACGAGACGUGAUGUCGUGGUUUGAAACGGACCCUGUGAAGCGAGCGACGGUUAUGGCCACAAGAAGAUGGGGUGAUGUGUUCCCUUUGGUUUAUUGCUACACAGAGGGGGUUGUAUCAUGGUCAGCUCUAAGCAUUACUGUAUGAUGAGGUUGACGAUCAGGAGGUUGAUGGAGAGGCUAACAGUGACGAGAAAGAAUGGACCGAGUAAACCCCCCAGAAGUUUCAACACGUGUGUUUUUUUUUGGUGUUGCCACGAGCAGGUGACAAUAACAUUUCAACCGAAUGGGUCAGAUUCACGUGUUGUAGGAGGUAGCAUCUUCUGCUGAUUUGAGAUGCAAAAGACAGGCAGAUUCGUGGAAAUAAAUUGGAUGCAAAUUUUACCUGCAAAAGCAACCAAAUUAACAUCAAAUUGUGAACAUUUUCGUACAUUUUUUUCUACCCCAAGUAUUGGUUUAAACUGCCUUUCCACCAUCGCGUGAAUUUGUCCCACUGCAUAUUUUCCUGGCUCAGAGGAACACAGAAACACCAUUCCAUGGCACAGGUUUUUCCACCACCAUAUACCUCCACCAUAAACUCGUAAAUCACGGGGGUUCUGGUUAUGAGCACUUAUUGAUAAAGCGUCUUAAUGCGAGGGGCGGGGAGUUGAUAAAAAAAAAAAACUUUACUGUUUCACUUAAAUCAGCGCACAAGUUUGUCCUUGGGGGUUACUUUUUUAAAAGUUGUUUUUGAAAACCCACGGAUUACUAUUUGCAUUGCAGAGAUCAGUUGCUCGUACUUUAUUCGUAUAACUGUAUUCGUGUGUUUGUCGUGCGGAAAUUGCGGUUCACGCCAUGAGAACGGUGGACGUUCCACCCCUCGCUCACGGAAGGUGAGCGUCGCUGAAUGGUCGGUUGAGCGGAGGAGACGCCUCGGCUGUGCGCGCGUUGAGAUUACUCGCUGUGUUGUGCUACGCUGCUUUCAGUUGCCACUUUUGAGCAACGUCUUUACAAAUUGUCGUCCUUGUCAGCAGACGUGGAAAUACAGACGAAAGUAAUACAGGAGAAUUCCAAGUGUCCGGGACGUUCUGUUUUAUCAUUUGAGAUAACGUCGCUCGCCAUAUUCACCUCCUUGACGAAAAAACCGAAACGUAUGACCAUCGCCUUGGUGGAUUUGCCCGCCCGUUGUUGGACGACGGUGACUUGGGCGCAUUGUCCACGAACGAGCGAGGUCGGUUGAGGGAGAGAACCCAGCCAUGGCGAGGGUAAUUUCAGCGAGCAGAUCAUUACUAAUGGGGAAAAUAAUCACGUACGUGUGAGGGCUGGACUCUUUAACCGCUCUACGUAAAUAGUGUGACACAUAAUCUAUCGUCAAAUGCCUCCGACCAAAUCACCCUGAAUGUGCUCAAUGUCGUCAGGCCUCCGAAGCUGGGCAGAGGCAGAGAUUUGAGCCCUAGUAGCACUUAGAUGGGUGACCACCAGGGCUUGCCGUGUGUUGUAGGUGCAGAGCUGUUAGAUGCUGCCAGAAGAUGGCAGUGGUGAGCGUCACCCCCCUCGUGUUACGCCUGGUGGGUUGACUCCGAGCUCAUUUGGUUCCUUCCAUAUGAAAGGCAAAAUAAUUGGCUAAACAUCCCAAUAUAGCAAUAGAACCCUCGGUGGAAAAGAGGCUGGAGACUCGGUGAGGCUUUUCCUGGCUCAACAAAUGGAAUAAUUAAAAUAAAAAAGUGGCAAAAAUAAUUCGGGGUCUGCGUUGGCAGCGGUGCACACCAGCACACCUGGACAACAACUGCCGGAUUAACUGUGACAGAAAUGACGAGCUUCAUUUGAUCUAUCUGCCAAAUUCAGCUUCUUCCAACGCGUCCCAGUGGUAUCUUUUUUAUUUAGCCGAAGAAAAAAAUUAUGCCGGGUUCUACUUCACUAAACUCAUCAGCAAGGUGUGGCCCCAUAACCCAGUUGCCACUGGGUGCGUUGGUUUAUUGGGCAGGUAGAGCCACCCGCAAGCAACAUUGGGCCCAAAGAAAUAGGUCGCAGCAGUAAAGCAGCAACAUUACUGAAGGCACCCGUGAAGGCACGGGGAAUCUAAGAUUUGAUUGCGGUGGCUGUAUGGUGUGUGCCCCCUGCCCCGUCCACCGCCCACCAUGUCUCGUGUUUGCCUUUAUCGUCAUGAUCAUAGAUAGACAAGUUAAGGAUGUAACGAUUACAUAUAAGGGUAUAACUAUUUAACGGUUCGAUUAAUUGUCACGGUUCGACGGAUGCUGUUCGAUUCUUCAGUUGAUUACUGUGUUGUUAUUGUUUGCCCUUGACGUGCACGUGGAAUCUGUUGCGGUACGAUAAUUUGGAAUUGUUGAUAUUUAAACCGUGCACUGUUUGAUACGUGCAUGUCUCAGCGAAGCAGAGUGAGAAUUUAAAUUGAUGCCGGUGCUCACGAUUUUAAUUGAUUAAUCGUUACAUCCCUAAUACAAAAGGAAACGAUUUUGUUGUGACCCACCUCACUUGCAAACACGUAGAGCUACCCUUCCUUAAUACAGACCGUUCUCCUAUAACGCGGUAGUAUAUAAUAUAGGGUCAAUCACAGUGAGAUGCGUAUGCAGGCUCAACAAAGACUGAGGCGCAUUGUCGCAUCUAAAAAUAUCCAGCAGCAUCCCGCCUUGUUAUAGGAGAACAGACUGUACCUGCGUACACGUCUUGCCUACCUAGCUACCCACAUGCCUACGUGUCUGCCGUGAGUCUACCUACCCACGUGUCUACUCGUCUCUAAUCGUCUAACACGUCUCUAUCUGUCUACCUGCCUACCGACCCAUGUACCUGAGGCGUUGGUUGCAGUGGAAUAGGGUUAGAGGUUCGGCUUAGGGUUAUGUUGAUGCAAUGAGGCUCUAAACAUACUAACCAAACAGACACUAUGCCAACCAAAUCCUAACCGCUAACCUAACCCCAGAUCCACCAUAGCCAUCCAACUUCUUAAUACUUAGAUUCCAUGCUUUGUUUGAGCACGCCGUCACGAUUGCUAUGACUACUAUCAAUAGGUUUAUGCUUUCGGGACUGCGACAAAAACAUGUAUUAUUAGUUGUAUUGUUAUGAAUGAUUUCAAAUUCCAUUGACAAAAAAAAUCUGACGCCUGCGGGACAUACGCUGAGAUCAUUGCUUGCCAUUUUUGAACUCGUAUAGCUUAUUAUUUAUACAUGUCAUCAUUUUUUCUGUAGUAUUAUUAUAUUAUUAUUGGUAUUGUUUAUCCAUAUGCCCAAGGGGAGUGAGAGAGGGGAUGAAAGGUGGAUUAUCGUGUCUUCUUUUCAACACCCUCCCCCCACCCCGGACGCAGCUGCAAAGAUUCGGUUUGAUUCCAAAACCGGUUCUGCUGAUCCGUCGGUAAAUCACUUGUGUGCAUUUGAAUUCGCAUCAUCAUCAUCAUCACAAUCAUCAUCAUUGUCGUCACCCAGCAUCCCCUCGGGUACGGCGAGGCGAGUCAAUCAGAAUCUGCGAUAGAGGAGUAUGAAAUCUACUUGUACGAUUAUCGUGCAUGGUAGGUACAUUUUAAAUAUCAAUAAUGAUUUAAACGGAUAUAUGGGCUCGGAAGGGGAGCAGAAAACAGAUAGAGAGGGAGCUGUGAUUGUUUGAAUGCGGGUCAUUUGUCGGACGGGGAGGUUAAUACGUGGUGAUCCUAUCCAUUCUGAUUCUCACAAUGAAGUCGCUUCAAAAGGUUUUCGAAUCACUCCCCCUCUCCUUUGAGCUGAAAUCAACACGUUUAUGAAUAGCGUCGUCUCUGUUAUGUGUCCCUCUCCCCACCCACCUCUCUACCCACUUCUCUCUACCCACACACAAGAUACAAAGGUCCGCCUAUGUCCAUUAACAGGCUAUUGCGCCAAGUGUUGUUAGCGAGCAUCUAUUAAGGCCGGAAGAGGCACAAGAGGGGUUGGUGGUAUGGCCAAUCACCACGCCAGGCGCCCUUUUUCUUCCCAGUGUCGAUGUUUUCACACACCGCACUAAGUGCUUAUUUUAGGCUGAGUCGACCUAGGGGAGGCCCAGGACCGGUUGAGAUAAUCAUCCCUUGUGUUGGCCGUGAGCAAGAACCGAACUCGGGUCGCAGCGCUCCCCCAUACACACGCGCUGGCAGUGCACAACGCGCUAACCGCUACACUACCACUUACACGCGUACACUCACGCUCGUGCACCCACAUGUAACUACUAGACACAAACAGGCGGGCACCUAUUGAAUCCUUGCCUGUGUGCCCUCCCUGUCGAGCUAAUUCUUGCAUGGGGGUGAGGAGUGCUUGUUUGCUGGUGGUGGUCGUGAGCGAUUGGCACGUGGUUCGAAGUGCUUGUAGAGAGCCGGGUGGAGAGGAGUCGCUGUCGUGUUUGACAGCUGUGAACGGAUACCCCAUGCAAGGUGCGGCGUGUUGCCAUUGGAUUGCAUCAAGUUUGCUCUGCUAUGUGUUGCAUUGCGUUUCUCUGUGUUACAUUGGAUUGCAACGGAUUCCCCUGAUGCAUUGAGUUAAAUCUGUGGUGCGUUAAAUAUUCCCCUCUCCCCCACUUCGUCAGCAAAAAGUUGUGCGCACGUGACGCUGUAAACCCCAGUACUGAAGUGUACAUGCUUUGUAAAAUGGAAUAGGGGCUGGUAGGUUACGUAGUAGACCUAACCAUACUUGUAUCCCUAACCAUACUAGCCAUCCAGAUACUGCCUCUAACUAUAACUGACCAACCACACUAGCCAACCUGACCCUAGCCCUACUACUUCCAAUCACACUAACACACCAGGCCCAACCCUUCUUGUAGGUCUGAACCACAUCGUCCAAUAACGCUUUAACAAUAACUCUAGUCACGUUGUAUGUCCAUAUAUCCUCUUAACACCCUUUCCAUAACCCCGAAACAGAGCCGGCCAAUUGGAUGCUGUCUCUUUACCACCUUAAUCCUCGUCACUGUUCACUGUUUACAGCGACGUGCGCAAGCACACGCGUGGCUCGUGAUGAGAUUCGUCAAUAGCGGUGCGACCUGUGCACAAGUGCAGUGUAAAGAGCAUUACGCACACACACACGGGCACGUGCUCACACACACUAUAGAUGCAUUACCCCUUCAUUAUGUACCUAGCCCGUACAGCACCAUGGUCGCGAAUGAUGUUCACUCUUUCUGCGUCCGUUCACACUGGAGAGAGAGAGAGUUGUGGAACAGAUUGUCUCCAUUGUGUUGAUGUGAUGUAAAUUGCACGACGUAUGUGUGAUUUACAUAUACAUUUUGGGUCCUGUAUUGGAUGGGUCAGCGGUUCUCUCUAUCAAAUGAGACGAGGGUUCUUCAUCAGACGUUAUGUAUUGAAUAAAACGAGAGUUAUAAGUGUGGUGCUUUAUCAGAUGACAACAAUGGUUCUGUAUCGAAGGGGUCAGCUGUUCUUAAGUUGCAUGAGGGCAUGGUUCUGUAUCUGAGGUUCUGUUUCGGAUGAUACAAGAGUUCUGCAGUUAUGGUUCUUGAUCAUAUGAGAUAAUGGUUCUUGUGUAUCAGAUUGUAUGACUAUUCUUUAUCGGAUGAGAUGGAGCUUCUCGUGUAUUGGUUGAGAGGAUUAUUCUGUAACACAUGAGACGAGUGUUGUAUAUCCUACGUGUCAAUGAGUGUCUCUAGAUGAGUCACAGCAUUAAAAAAAAUUCAGUCAUCUUGUAUACAAUGAAACAUCGAGUCAUUGUAUACUCAGUUAACACUACAAACGUCGACUUGGAUCGACAGAUCUGUCCAUCACACGUGCGUUGUACGGAUGCCGAAGGGUUCCGCGGUGGCGAGAUGUUAACUACUUCGCCUGUGGUGCAGAAGGUCGUGGGAUCGGUCCCGACCCUGACGCCUGUAUAUUUGGAGUUUGCAUGUUCUUUCAGUGGUCACGUGGGGUUUUCUCCGGGUCUUCCGGUUUUUCCCUCCACACUUGGAAACAUGCGUUUAGAGUAUUUGGGUGCUUAAAAUUUCUACAUGAUUAGCCACUUAGUUGAGAUAUCAUUUGUGGCCAGCUCGCUUCGAAAAAAGAGCUAUUUAGCGAAGUGGGCCUUACCUGGUAAAAUAAAAAAAAUAGCUUCGUAAUAGUUAAAAUGCGAAAGGAUUAGACAUUUCCCCAUGCCCCUUUUCGAGAAGCUUUCUUAUACUUGCGUCGACGUAUUUUCUACGUCAACACGAAAAUAAAACCGGCUCCUCGGGAGGACGAAGAACAUUCAUUCACCACCUUAAGUCGACGUAAAUCUUGCUCGAGUAAAAAAAAGGCAUCGCUGUUUUC